CCAGAUGCCCGCCUACGUGAUGGCACGCGCUCUUUUCGUCCAACCAGAGAUUCAUGAUCCUGCUGAACUGAAUUUUAAAUGGGUGGAGCCCAAUGAGGCGGGUCUGGAGGCUUUCCUUAUCGACAGCUUGGGAUUCAACCCUGAUCGUGUCAAGUCAGGCAUUGCCAAACUUAAGGCCUCCAGGGGGGCCAUGCAGCAGAAGCGCUUAGAUUCCUUCUUCAAACCAUCCGGCUCCUCUUCCACGUCGUCGACGACGCUCAAGAGGAAGGAGGCCCCCGCUGCUGCGAAAGGAAAAGGGAAGGCGAAAUUCGGAGGGAAGAAGAAAUGAAUGUAUGACGGCGGGGAAGGUCAAGCGGCAAAUAACCAGCAUAGGAGCAGCAUGCGUGCCAUGUGUCCCAAGGGAGGAGGGAGGGAGGGA